AUGGCGUCCAUAGCCGCCCCUUCGUCCCUCGCGACGUUUCCCUACGCACACGCGUCGUCCUCGCGCGUCCCCCACGUCACCCUCGCCCCAGUUCACGGCAGCAAGGGCCGCCUGGCAGUCGCUGCCGUCCACGGAGAUGGUGUCUGGACCUACGACAUCAAGACUCUCCGUCCCACCACCUCGUUUACCGUCCCCCCCUCGACAUCCUUUUCGUGCGCUCCCGUGAGCUUUGUGACCGCCGAGACGGACGAGACUGGCGAGGCAUCAAGCUCGCGCGUGACCGCGGCUGUCGUUGACAACGGCCGUGCUGUCUGGGUGUGGAGCGGAGAGGAGGGAGAGAAGCGUUCGGUGUCGCUCGAGACCCCGGCACACUCGGUCCACAGUGUCCGUGGAGAUUGGCCCUUGGUGGUGGUUGGCGGUGACGGCAGCUUGUCGCUCCUCGACUCGGAGCUCAAAGUGACGUCCCUCGUCCAGUCGCGCAAGGGUGCCCGAGUGCAUGCUGCUGGUGUUGUCGAUGUGCCUCUGCGCGUGGUGGUUGUGGACGAGCGUGGCCGCGCAUACGUGUACACCCUCGACGUCUCGGCUCCUCGUGCCGAGCUCCUCGCCGACGCCCCCCUGGCCAACACAUCUGUCCUUGCGGCCGAUGUUGGUUCGGAUGGCACCUUGACAGCCAUCGACAAUGCCAACCGCGUGCACACCCGUACUGUCAAGGAUAUUGUGGACGGUACUCCCACCCAGCCCGGUCUCGCCCUCGCCCACCCUUCGACGCCCGCCGCGAUCGUGUCCCUCCCCUCGAGCUCCCGUCCCCUCGCGGCUCUUGCCAGCCCAUACCCUACCCCCAACGUCGCUCUCGUCGUGCCCAGCCACGACCUGCCUGCCGUCCUGGCCAGCACUUCGGUGUCGAGUGCGACCGACACCAAGAUCACUCACCUCGCUGUCCUCGCUCGCCCUGCGCCGACGCACGUGAUUCUCGGCACUGUCCUCUCGCACCCUGGCGACGAAGGUGGCCGCAGCGUUAUCCAUGUCGCCGACAUGAUCCUCCCUGCCGGCGGUGUCGGUCUCGCUCUCCUUGUCGGCUCGGCUGCUCGCACUGCCCAGGUCUUCAAGGCGGCUGCCGGCACCACGGCCCAGCCCACAGCCGACAAGAUGCUCGAGGCCGUUUCGGCUGCUCUCCGCACCACCUCGCCCGACGCUGUCCCCCGCGCCGAGAAGGCCUUUGCCUCGUGGCUCGACGACGAGGACAAGCGUGCGUCGCCUGCCAAGCGUGCUGCCAUCUCCGAGUCUGUUGUUCGCCGCGUCCUCGACGCUGUGUUUGGCGCCGCCCUCACCGGCGACAAGAAGACUGGCCCCUACGCUGCCAAGAUUGUCCAGACUCUUGUGGACCGCAAGGCCGUCGCCGACUCGAUGUGGGAAGGCGGCGUCGUCCUCGGUGCCCUCGUCCCUUGCGCUGACUGGCGUUCCAUCUCUCGCCUGGUGCGCACCAACCCUUCGCUGCCGUCGCGCACCUCGGUCGCGCUCCUGGCGCGCGCCCUCGACUCGGAGCAGCCUCCGCUCGCCACGGUCCUCGACGACAUUGUCUCGGGCCCUACCCCCGACCCGUCGUUCCGCGCCGAGCUCCGCAGCCAGCUCGACGGCGCCGGCGCCCUCCGCGUCCUCACCCAGCUGGCGCUCUGGGCCGAGAUCUACGCCGAGCGCGGCGACGGCCUUGAGUCGUGGCCCGAGCGCGCGCCGCUGUCCAAGGAACCCAGCCUCGGCCACAUUGUCGCCCACUCGUCGCUCCUGCUCGACGCGCACCUCCCGUCCCUCAUGGCCAUUCCCGAGGCCGAGCCCCUCCUCCUCCGUCUGCAAGAAGCGCUCGCGCCCGCCCUCGCGGCCCAGCAGGACUACCGCCGUAUCCGCGCCCCCGUCGACGCUGCGCUCCGCCUGGCCAAGAACGUCAGCAACGCGGGCGACGACAAGGACAAGAAGGCCCGUGGUCGUCGUGUCCCCGCCCCGCAGGGCGGCAUGGCCGAGGAGGCCGUGGGCAAGUGGCGUGUCGAGGACUUUGUCUUCUAG